UAUUUUGUUUGAUUCCUCAGGCCACCUGCACGUAGUCAUGGCUAGUAAAACCAGUUCAAGCAGCAUGAUUGCCUCUCCUGUUCCUACUAACUCUACAGGAGCCACUACUGCUCAGCCCAGCUUCAUUGAAGGCAUUAUUAAUGAAAUACCACUACCCAAAUGGGCUCUCAUUGCCAUUGUGGUCGCAGCGGGCCUUGUUCUCAUCCUCAUUCUCAUCUGCAUCAUCAAGUACUGCUGUUGCAAAAAGAAACGCAAGAAGAAGGAGAAGCUCAACUUGGUUAACAUCAAUGGCUCCACCACGGCCAGCUUGGUACAGCCAGAUAUGGAUGAUCUGGAGAGUGGUCUGGAGGAUGAGAAGCGAGGAAGGCUGCAGUAUUCCUUGGAGUAUAACUUCCGCAGCCAGGAGAUGAAGGUUGGAGUGAAGCAAGCAGCUGAUUUAAAGGCUAUGGACAGUGGGGGGACCUCUGACCCAUAUGUAAUUGUCUACCUAACAUCUGAUAUCAAGAAGAAGUAUGAAACCAAGGUUUACCGCAAGACGUUAAAUCCUGUCUUCAAUGAAAGCUUCACCUUCCAGAUUCCUCAGGCUGAAAUGUCUGAGUCCACCCUGGUGAUGCAGGUGUAUGACUUCAACCGCUUUGCCAGACAUGACAUCAUUGGCGAGGUCCGGUUGCCUCUCAGCAAUGUUGACCUGCAGCACGUCAUUGAGCAGUGGAAUGAACUCAUCACUGCCAGUAAGACUGAGCAAGAGCACCUAGGUGAGAUCUGUUUCUCACUUCGAUACGUCCCCACCACCAGCAAGUUAACUGUGGUGAUCCUUGAGGCCAAGAAGCUAAAGAAGAUGGACUCUCAUGGAUUGACAGACCCCUAUGUCAAAGUGCAGCUGAUCCUGAACAAGAAGAAAUGGAAGAAGAAGAAAACAAGUGUGAAGAAGAGCACUUUAAGCCCCUAUUUCAAUGAGGCAUUUGUUUUUGAUGUGCCUUUCAAUCAGAUCCAGAACGUAGACUUGGUGAUUGCAGUGUGGGAUUAUGACAAGGUGACCAAGAAUGAACAGAUCGGUAAGGUGUUCCUGGGUUGCAGAGCCACAGGCAACCAUCUGCGCCACUGGUCAGACAUGCUGGCUAAUCCCCGCCGGCCCAUCGCUCAGUGGCACAGCCUGCAGUCGGCAGAAGAAGUUGACAAUGCCUUGGGGCUGAAAACCCACUUUAAGCUGCCUCUGCCCAUCCCAUAAAAGGACCUCCUAUCUCUCUCUCCACUUGCUGUUCUGAAGGAACCUGGAACCAUAGACAUACUUGGAUGAAAGAGAAGGGAUGCAGAAGGCUGGCAAGAAGUGCUUAAGUUAUGGGCUGGGGUAGGGAGGGGUUUUCAUCACAAAGGUUUGGGUCAAUCAACCAUAGCAAAAAUGUCAACAAGCAAGGGAACCAAGUUUUCCUUUGACCUCAGAUCAGGAGGAGAGCUGGUAACCCAUGCAACUGGCACGUGACAGCAACAGCAAACUGCAAAACCUACAGUGCACCCCCACUGCACCCACACAUUUGCUUCAGACAAAUGGAGACAACAGCACAGAAUGUUUUUCAGUCUUAUAUAUUGGGGUUGGGGUACACAAGGGUCAUGGAAAGUAGGGGGCUGGAAACAUCCUGGCUUGUGUUUACAAGACACUACAAAAGACAUCUGAAACCAUAUGGAGACAUGGGAAGCGGAAA